AUGAAUGGUUUAUUUCGAAAGUCCUCACAACCUAUUCGUUAUGCUAUUUAUCUCGUUUGGAUUAUAUUCUUGCUUACUACAAUGUCUCAAUAUGUCUAUCGUUUUUUUAUUUUAUGUCGAAAUGGAGUUUUUUCUGCUAAAAUUAUUUUAUCUUUAAUUAUCGGCGAAACAUGCCUAUUUUUUACACAUGCAUUUUUAAUUUCUUGGGCUGAAUACCCACGUGAAGAACUCGUAAAUAAAAUGACUGAGAUACGAACAAAAAUUUUUGAAGAAUCAGGCAUAUCUGAUAUUGAAUUUAUUGCUUUUGUUCAUGCGGUAAUAUUUUAA